AGAAAGAAAAGAAAAGGAGAACGGUAGUCGGCAAAAAGAGAGAGAGAGAGAACGAGAAAAUAAAGGAAAAUUUUGAUAUGGGUUGCCAUCUUUUCGGCUUAUAAAUUUGGGUUUCAGUGACGGUUUCGUUCUGUGUGCUUUUCAUUCACGUGUCUCUCUUUCUCCAUUCUUUUUCAAUAUUUUGGUCUUUGUCUUUGUGUAUAUAUACACCUACAUAUACAUAACUUUCUUCCUCUCCCGUGCUUUCUUCUGUUUGUUUCUCAGUAGAAAGAAAAGUAAAUCUUAUCGCCGUUUCUUUCUUUUCAAGUCUUCUUUGACGGUGGGUUUUUGAUUUUUUGGUCAUUCGCAUCUCAUACGUGUGUGUGUAUAUAUAGUUGUAUGGUUUUCAUUCUGUGCUUAAGGAGUUAAAAGGGUCUUGAUAAGAGUGAUAAAGAGGUUUGAUUAAGUAUCUAUAGAGAGAAAAUGGAUGGGAAGAAGCAAGUGGGUUCAUCUUCUACCUUCACUUCUGAGCUGUUUGGGUCCAAAGAAUCUUCAUCUUCUUCUGGGAUUUUCGGUUCUAUCUUUGCACCAUCGUCAAAGGUUUUAGGGAGAGAAUCUCUGCGUUCUGAAGUACCAGGGAGAAAGCAUAGCUCCUUCGCUGAAUCAUACAACACCAAACAUGAAACUUCAGAUGAUGCAUCCAUUAACAAAGGAACUGAGAACCAAAGCCUACAAAGCACAGACACCGGUUCCAUUUAUCAGGAACAAAGAAUGCAACCAUGUCACCUAAGCUCAUCAAUCUAUUAUGGUGGUCAAGACGUCUAUUGUCAACCCCAGACCACACCAAGCUCGACGUACAAGCAAGAUGGGGCUGAAGAUGAUUCAGGUAGCGCGUCACGGGGCAACUGGUGGCAAGGGAGUCUUUACUAUUAGAAGGCCAGGAGCUCUGUUGUCCGAGCUACAUUUACCAAGGCAAAGUAGGAAAAUAUUAUAGCAGAGAAGGUUAUAUGAAGAUAGAUGAUAAUAGUCGGAUCGGUGGUGCGAGCUGGUUGUUUGUCUCCCCUCCAAACAGCAUGACCUUAAUAAGAAUCAAUAAUCAAUAAAUGUUUCUGUUUCUUCUCUUUUUUUAUUUCCUUUCUGUAAAGGGAUGUUGAACCUGUUCUUUUCCUGUAUAGUUUUAUGGUUAAGAAGACUUAUUUUCUCUUUCAUUGCUAUAAAUGUUGAAACUCUGAAUUGGUUUUCUAUAUGGUGUGGCUCAACUUUUUCUGUACA